AUGGAUAUUGAAAAUCUUAUUCAACAUGUUCAAAGAGAUACGGAGGUCACAGCAGACCCUCUCUCAGAGACCGCGGACUGGCUAUAUGAGGGGAAUUAUACGAGUCUAAAUAAAUUCCACCAACCCGGCUGGCAGGUGGUUCUCUGGGCCAUUGCCUAUUCCCUCAUCAUUGUGGUGUCAGUCACUGGGAAUGUCACUGUCAUCUGGAUCAUUUUAGCCCACAGACGCAUGAGGACAGUGACCAACUACUUCAUUGUGAACUUGGCCUUCUCUGACGUUUCUAUGGCCACCUUCAACACCCUUUUUAACUUUGUUUAUGCUCUCCACAAUGACUGGUAUUUUGGCCUGGGCUACUGCAGGUUUCAAAACUUCUUUCCAAUUACUGCCAUGUUUUCAUCCAUUUACUCCAUGGCUGCCAUUUCAGUGGACAGGUACAUGGCCAUUAUCCACCCACUAAAGCCCCGCCUCUCCUCCACCUCCACCAAAGGCGUGAUUGGUCUGAUCUGGACCAUUGCAGUACUGCUGGCAUUCCCUCAGUGCUACUACAGUGUGACCCAGUUGUAUUACCCGCGUACAGUGUGUAUGGUGGACUGGCCUGAUGAUUAUGGGGGAAAGCACCAAUUGAGUUACCAGUACACAGUCAUAGGGCUGAUCUAUUUACUCCCUCUGCUGGUGAUGCUGGUGACCUACAGCAUGGUGGGUCGCUCGCUGUGGGGGGCGCACAUCCCUGGAGAAGCCACGGACCAUUAUCACAAUCAGAUUACUGCCAAGCGAAAGGUUGUGAAGAUGAUGAUUGUUGUGGUGACGACCUUUGCUUUGUGUUGGUUGCCUUAUCACAUUUAUUUCAUACUUGGGACAUUCAAUGCAGAAAUUUACAAGAAGUGGUACAUUCAACAGGUGUAUCUGGCCAUAUUCUGGCUGGCCAUGAGUUCAACCAUGUACAAUCCUAUCAUCUACUGUUGUCUGAACCAGAGAUUUCGUGCUGGUUUUCGUCACGCAUUUGCUUGGUGUCCUUUUGUCAAAGUGUCUGAAGAAGAUAAGAUGGAGCUUCAGCACACGCACACCUUCAGAGCAACAAUGACACAGAGCCACCGCAAGGAGGUGUCCAUCAAAACCAACAAUACCAUCACUAUCAACAGAGAUACUGCCGAUUAG